AUGUCUACCAUGAAGGGUGUCUUGCUGGACGCGCUGGACGAGUUGGUUUCUGCGCGCACAAGCACGACGCGUAUCGGCGAGAUCCUCACGACGCUGGAACGUCUACUGGCAGAGGUGUGCACGCCGAAUGCCGACCCUGCGGCCGCGGAACGACUGCAGAUCUUCAUCAGGUUACAGGAUACCUUCGAGUGCAACGUACCAUCGCGUCUGCUAUCGUGGAUGUCUCUCGUGACGACACGUCUGGAGUACAUCACCAGCAAUCCGCGAUUGCCCAAGAUCGCCCGCCAGAACGGACCUCAUGUCCGCCGCUCAUUCGUUCAAGAUGAAAGAAAGAGCGAAAUCAUCACCCUCUCGACUCAGCUCCUUCAAACGCUUUCGAUCAUCCAAGGUGUAGUGCUCACGCACAAAGGUAGUAAGCGCUAUCUGGGUCGUCGAUAUGCGCUAGAGUCCGGUGAGAACGGUUCUCGAAGUUCCAGCGAAAAUGUCUCGACGAUAUCACUGGCCUCGAUCGUACUGGAUACUCUGCUCUGUGUGCUCGUAGACUCAUCUCCGGCGCUUCGCGUAUUCGAGGACCUCAAAGGUGUGCAGCUAGUCGUCAGAAUUCUCAAGAGAGCGGGCACACCGCGCGAAGUACGGAUGAAAUGCCUAGAGUUCCUAUAUUUCUAUCUUCUCGAUGAAACCACGUCGUUGUCCUCUGGCACUUCUGCACACGAACAGGACGCAUCUGCUGGCCCGGAUGCCCAUAUACCUUCAAGCGGAGACAUCAGACCCUCUCAUCAAUCUAUUCCGUCGACUUCAAGCACAAGCUCUAGAGGUUCAUCUGGAUCUAGCUACUCAUCCAUAUUCUCGUCUGCUUCCGCAGUGUCUACCUCGGCAACCUCGGUCUCCUCUACGUCACGUUUAUCUGGAGAGUCCUCAGAACCCGAGAAGCCUGUCUCGAGGUCACCGCCUGCAGCAUCGGAGACUCUAGCACCGGCUCUCGCACCAUCCCCACGCAUAGUCACACCACCUAACCAACGCGCCAAACCACGCUCCCUCCUCAUGCUACAGAAGGAGGUGGAUUACGUGCCACUCAGUCCCAAGAAGGCACAGGUGUCCCGCUUAGGCGUUGGCACGCCGCGUGCGGGAAGUGCCUUACGGCCGAAGCUGAAGUCGCGCGGUCCUGUCGACGUGCUCGAUGCGUCGUCGCUGCUGAGCUCUCCCGAGGCUGAGAAGACGCCUCUCGCUGCUACGGCGGCAACGCGUGCGAUCUCUGCAGCGGCCUGUCUACAGACACCAGAGGGCAAACCUUACAGCGGGGCGCGGACGAUGGAGGAAAAGAAGGAGAUCCUGGGAUCGAUGCUGGGGAACGUGGAGGCCCUCGUCGAAGGUGUGCGAAAAGCGGGCAUAUGGGGUCUUGGAUAG